AUGGAAAAGCGUAUCGCAAUAAACGACCGAAAAGGUGGAAAUGAGGCACUGCUGAGUACACCUCUAGUCAUGACCAUAUUUAGCAGGACGAUGUGUAUUCAGUACGACCCUCCAUUUCCAAGUAACGAAUUGUAUAAACCUAGAUCUAAUAUCGACAA